AAAAAAAAAAAAAAAAGAUAGAUGCCCAUGCUUCUUAUGCUUAUGCCUAUGUCUCUAUCCCUCCCAGCAGGAGUAAUAGCGUAUGGUUUCCGCAAUUGUUCGCCCCCUCUUAAGCGUCUUUUAGCCCACAGUAACACCACCAACCUUCACCAUUACCAUCAUCUUCGCCGUCGUAACAACACUAUUCCACCUCAACUUAACACUCUCUUCUCUUUUAAUUUUUUCCCAAGGAACCUUAAUUGUCUUCUCACGGGUAAUUCUCUCUUUUUCAGGAUGGAGCGAUUCUGGUCUGGAAGUAGCAUCAAUAAAAAUAAAGCAUUGGUGGAGCAAUUGCAGAAUUAUGGAACGAUCAGUUCUAAAAAGGUCUCUGAAGUAAUGGAAACAAUUGACAGGGCUUUGUUUGUCCCAGAUGGUACCCCUGCUUAUGUUGACAGUCCCAUUGCAAUAGGUUACAAUGCCACCAUUUCUGCUCCUCAUAUGCAUGCAACUUGCCUGCAGUUGUUGGAGGAGAAUUUGAAGUCUGGCAUGCAUGUCCUGGAUGUUGGCUCAGGGACUGGGUACUUGACAGCAUGCUUUGCUCUGAUGGUUGGACCACAAGGUCGUGCUGUUGGUGUAGAACAUAUUCCAGAGCUGGCUGGUUCUUCCAUAAAGAAUAUCAAGAAAAGCGCAGCAGCUCCAUUGUUGAAAGAAGGUUCCCUCUCAAUUCAUGUUGGUGAUGGAAGACAAGGUUGGCCAGAGUUUGCUCCAUAUGAUGCCAUUCAUGUUGGGGCAGCAGCGCCAGAAAUCCCACAGCCACUUCUUGAUCAGUUGAAACCUGGUGGCAGGAUGGUGAUUCCGGUUGGUAACAUAUUCCAGGAUUUGAAGGUGAUUGACAAGAAUGAGGAUGGUUCCAUUAGUGUUCGUAGUGAAACUUCUGUCCGUUAUGUCCCUUUAACAAGUAGAGAUGCCCAAUUGCGGGGUUAUUAGGUGCCCAAUUGCGGGGUUUCGGAUGUCUUUUUUUGGUAGGUGAAGUGCUGGUUCCAUCAGAGUGUUGUUUUGGAUUUGUGCAUAUGUACGAGAUUCUGUCAAGUAUGGUGUUGACAAACCCUCCUAAGCUCCUGCAUUGAUGAAGUUGUAAAUAGUAGAUGCUGAUCAUCUUAUGUUUAUAUCAUCUCAUUUCAAGACCUUCAGCUUA